UAGUGAAGGAAUCGUUUCAUAGCGGCUCAUCUAAAAUGGCGUUAUUAUCGCUAUACUGGAGUCUGGAUGGCAUCCUCAUCCUUUCGACCCUGAUGGUUGCCGCUUAUCUCUACAUGACUCGUAAAUUCAACCACUGGCCGAAACGAGGAAUCACACAGCUCGCACCUACGCCUUUCGUAGGCAACUUUAUGGACUGUCUCCUAUCAAGAAAAUCGGGCUCACUAUUUGUCAAGGACGUAUACGAUUGCGGCGAAAGUUUCCCUUUGCUGGGAUUCUACGUCUUCGACAAACCUUACCUCUUAGUUCGCGAUCCAGAACUCGUGAAGUACGUCCUAGUGAAGGACUUCGACUAUUUCCCUGAUAAGUACGCGACUGCAGAUGAGAAAGAUGAUCGUUUUGGAUACGCAAAUGUGGUUCUGAUGAAAAAUCCGGGAUGGAAAUCUCUUAGGCCAAAAUUGACGCCGGCUUUUACCCCGGGCAAGCUGAAGAAAAUGUUCGAUAUAAUGUUGGUAGCAGCUGACGAUCUUGGAAAGCAUCUGGAUUCGUUGCAUUUGGAGGGCGAUGGAAAGGUAGUCGAGUUCAAGGAUAUUUGCGCGAAUUUCACCACCGAUAUGAUCGGUGGCACUGCGUUUGGCUUAAAACUGGGUUCGUUGGAGAAUCCAAAAGCACCGUUCCGUGAAUAUGGCAGGAAGAUCUUCCAUUCUAGUUUUCAUCGUAACAUGGAGUCACUUAUCAUAUCCUUCUCGCCUCAGUUAGCCAAGUAUCUCAAACCGAAGUUCUUUGGAGAAAAAGCGACUAACUUCCUCCGAUCUGUUUUCUGGGAUGUGAUUGAACAACGAGUCGCUUGCGGUCAAAAGAGGAAUGACCUCAUCGAUGUGCUAAUCGAGAUCAGGAAAACAUACAAGAGCGAUGAAAAUUUGAAGGAUUACAACUUCGAUGGUGACGAUUUAUUGGCACAAGCGGCCAUAUUAUUUGCUGCUGGUUUUGAAACAUCUUCUACUACCAUGUCUUUCACACUGCACGAACUUGCAGUGAACCCAGAUGUGCAGAAGAUGCUUAGAGCAGAGAUUCAGGAUGCUCUAGAGAAAACUGAUGGCAAAAUCACAUACGAUAUGAUUACGACGCUACCAUAUCUGGAUAUGGUACUUUUUGAAACUCUUCGUAAAUAUCCAUCUGUACCAAACUUGAAUCGGGUUACUCUUGCCGAUUACAAAGUGCCUAAUUCCGAUCUGGUGAUAGAGAAAGGCACCCCAAUAUUCAUUUCGAUAAUGGGUUUGCACUACGAUUCGCGGUAUUUCCCGAAUCCGGAAAAAUACGAUCCACUCCGAUUUACCGAGGAAGCCAAAAGUACCAGGCCAAAUUUCGCCUACUUGCCCUUUGGUGCGGGUCCCCGCAUCUGCCUUGGUAUGCGAUUGGGACUCAUGCAAUCCAAACUUGGAGUCGUACAGAUUUUGAAGGACUACGAAAUUUCACCUUGUGAAAAGACCAAAAUUCCAAUUAUCCUAGAUCCCAAAGGAAUCAUCACGACAGCUUUAGGAGGAGUACAUCUCAACAUUCGAAAGACUACUGCCGCUGUUUAGACGAAGCUAAAGUUUUGCGAAUCGCGUUAUGCAUUCCAAUUUUCUGCUUUGUUUGUGAUAAGUUAGAUAUAUUUUACUUCCGAAUCGACAAAGUUCACGAAGUA